GAGCACAAGAUCAUUAAUACAAGUUUGCUGCAAAGAUGAGUUCAGAGGAGAAGAGUAUAUCUCCAGCUCACAAAACAUCCACUCCAUCACAUAGAAGUGCCUCCUCCUCAUCAUCGUCUCAGAGAGACAGGAGGCAGAGUGUUCAUAUUUUGGAGCGAAAGGCUUCUUCAGGAAGCACAGACCCUUCUUUAAGCAAGCAGUUCCUUGAAAGUGAUCAUCUCUCUCUAUCCAAGGAACCUGACAGCUGGGAAAUCAUAGAGGGUCUGAAAAUAGGGCAGACCAAUGUCCAGAAGCCAGACAAACAUGAAGGUUUCAUGCUGAAGAAGAGAAAAUGGCCAUUAAAAGGUUGGCACAAGAGGUUUUUUGUCCUGGAUAAUGGAAUGUUGAAAUAUUCAAAGUCACCAAUUGAUAUACAGAAAGGAAAGGUCCAUGGGAGCAUUGAUGUUGGUUUAUCAGUCAUGUCUAUAAAAAAAAAGGCUCGUAGAAUAGAUCUUGACACAGAAGAACAUAUCUAUCACCUGAAGGUGAAAUCACAGGAUUCAUUUGAUGCGUGGGUUUCAAAGUUGCGGCACCACCGGUUGUACCGUCAGAAUGAGAUCGUGAGAUCUCCCAGGGAUGCCAGCUUCCACAUAUUCCCCUCAGCAUCUACUACAGAGUCUUCACCAGCUGCCAAUGUGUCAGAUGGAAAGGUACAACAAAAUAACUUCCCCUGGCAGCCUCCUAUACCUUGCAGUAACAGCCUUCCUGUCACCUGCACUACUGGUCAGAGUAAAGUAGCAGCCUGGUUGCAGGACUCUGAAGAGAUGGACAGAUGUGCAGAAGAUCUUGCUCAUUGUCAGUCUAACCUUGUGGAACUCAGUAAACUUCUUCAAAAUUUAGAAAUACUACAGAGGACUCAGUCAGCACCAAAUUUCACAGACAUGCAGGUCCCUUUCAGUGCUACGAUGUCACCUGUCCGACUGCAUUCAUCCAACCCCAACCUCUGUGCAGACAUUGAGUUUCAGGCUCCCCCAAGCCAUGUGGCAGACCCUCUGGAGUGCUCUACUGAGUACAUGAAGCUUCAAGAGGAAUUCUGCUUGAUGGCACAAAAAGUGCAUUCUCUUUUGAAGUCUGCCUUUAACAGCAUAGCUAUAGAGAAGGAGAAGCUUAAGCAGAUUGUUUCAGAGCAGGAUCUUACAGGCCACAAUGCUCAAAUAGCUCACCUCAGACAGUCCCUCUCUCAGGCUCUCAACCAGAAUGCUGAACUAAGGAGUCGCUUGAACAGAAUACAUUCAGAAUCUGUUAUUUGUGAUCAGGUUGUCAGUGUAAAUAUUAUCCCUAGUCCUGAUGAGACGGGUGAACAAAUUCAUGUCAGUUUGCCACUGUCUCAGCAAGUUUCUAAUGAAAGCAGGCUCUCUAUGUCUGAAUCUGUUUCAGAGUUCUUUGAUGCACAGGAAGUGCUUCUGUCUGCCAGCUCGUCAGAAAACGAGGCUUCUGAUGAUGAAUCUUAUAUCAGUGAUGUGAGUGACAAUAUAUCUGAGGACAACACCAGUGUUGCAGACAACAUUUCUCGGCAAAUUCUUAAUGGUGAGCUGACAGGAGGCGCAUUCAGAAAUGGACGGAGGACUUGUCUCCCAGCUCCCAGCCCUGACACCAGUAACAUCAAUCUGUGGAAUAUUUUGAGAAAUAACAUUGGCAAAGAUCUUUCCAAAGUAUCCAUGCCAGUUGAGCUAAAUGAACCUCUGAAUACCUUGCAACAUCUUUGUGAAGAGCUGGAAUACAGUGAACUCUUGGACAAGGCUGCUGAAACAGAUGAUCCUUAUGAGCGCAUGGUUCUCAUAGCUGCCUUUGCAGCAUCAGGCUAUGCCUCUACGUACUUUAGAGCAGGAAGCAAGCCAUUUAACCCAGUGCUUGGUGAAACUUAUGAAUGUAUUAGAGAAGACAAAGGAUUUCGAUUUUUCUCAGAGCAGGUUAGCCACCAUCCUCCCAUUUCGGCCUGUCACUGUGAAUCGAAAAACUUUGUGUUUUGGCAAGAUAUCAGGUGGAAAAACAAAUUCUGGGGAAAAUCAAUGGAAAUUCUGCCUGUUGGAACCUUGAAUGUGACUCUUCCAAAGUAUGGAGAUUACUAUGUCUGGAACAAAGUCACUACUUGCAUACAUAAUAUUCUUAGUGGAAGGAGAUGGAUAGAGCACUACGGAGAGAUAACCAUCAGAAACACAAAAAGCAGUGUUUGUAUUUGUAAACUCACUUUUGUCAAGGUGAACUACUGGAAUUCAAAUGUAAAUGAGGUCCAGGGCGUUGUGAUAGAUCAAGAAGGGAAGGUGGUUCACCGCCUUUUUGGAAAGUGGCAUGAAGGCCUCUAUUGUGGGGUUGCACCUUCAGCCAAAUGCAUAUGGAGACCAGGCUCCAUGCCAACCAAUUAUGAGCGUUAUUACGGCUUCACGAGGUUUGCUAUUGAGCUCAAUGAAUUAGAUCCUUUACUGAAAGAUCUUCUUCCUGCAACAGAUGCACGAUUCAGGCCAGAUCAAAGGCUUCUGGAGGAAGGAAAUAUAGAAGCAGCAGCAUCUGAGAAACAAAGAAUAGAGGAACUCCAGAGAGCUCGGAGGCGAUACAUGGAAGAAAAUGGCAUUGAAUAUGUACCCAAGUUUUUUAAAAAAGUUAUUGAUGCUAAUCAAAGAGAAGCCUGGGUUACCAAUGAAACCUACUGGGAACUGCGAAAGGAUCCCGGCUUUAGUAAAGUAGACAUUCCUGUACUCUGGUAAACUGAGAAUGUAGACCUAGUAAACAUAUCACUCUGAAGAAAAAAAAUAACUAUGCACAAUAUGUUUCUUAUAGCUAAGUGUGGUUUGUGGGUCUACAGAAAAACCAUAUCAUAUGCAUUUAUACUCAUCUUUAUAAUGGACUUUUGGAAGUGCAUUAGACCAGGCCCCUGACCACUUCUGGAUCUUUCUAAUUUUGCAGCAGCCAUCAAAACUAAAAAAAGAAAAAAAAAAAGAAAAAAAAAGAAAAAAAGGAAACAGAAACCUUUUGAAGUUUCAUAUACUGAAAAUUCAGAAAUAAAGAAGCUGAUGAGAUAUCCAAAGUCACUCGGAAGAGGUGGUAAGCGCAAAACUGCAACCGGUGCUUUAAACAGACAUUAAGAGUAAUACAAUUUAAACUAAAAAAAAAAAAAAAAAAAAAAAAGAAAAAGAGAAAAAAUCUUCCAUUUUGUUUCAACUAUUUUUGUUAAAAACUCUUGGGUCACAACACUGUCAUUUCUGGCUUCAGGUUAGUCCUUUGGUGUGAUGUGCUUGGACUGGCCUUUGUCAAAAAGAUGCUUUUCUGGAAGCUGUUCCCAUUCAUAUGCCAUUGUUCAUGCCUUAACAAAAUAUGAAGAUGUACAUUAAGUAAUUUUAAAAUAUCUCUGCUUAGGCUUGUGUGAAGGGCAGAUUUUUAAAGCUCUAGAAUUUUAUCACAAUAUAAAUACUGGAAGACCUGCAUUAUUUGAAGUCAAAAGAUAACCAAACAUCUAACUGUAUUUCAAAGGAUGAGACCUACUGUACAUGCUUUAGCUUUGGGAUGCUGACUGUAUAAUCAGACUGAAAAGAAACUGCUAGCUGGUUGAAUUUUGAUUUUAGCAAAUGCAUAUGAGUUGCUAGUCAGAAAGUUCAUAUUCUAAAUUACUGAUGCUGAGAUGCAGUCGUCUCAUUUAGUACUUGAUGGACAUAGAUCUCUCAGUGAAUCUCAUUUUCCCCUAACUGUUUAUACAAUUAGAAAUCCCUGAAGCUUUGCAACAGUGUUAAAAGCACAGAAAGAUUUCAUGUGAAGGUCUCUGGUUUCUCUCCAAAAGCUGGAUAGUACUGUAAAUGCAACUGUUUUCUGCCACACACACUGUUUAUUUUCCUGGCUCCGUUUUUUCCCCAUCCACUUUUCUUGUCUAAAAUUAUGUUUGAGACUAUGGCAGAGGCUCCCAUGUUAUGGCUAACAACUUCGACUUGUGUUGCCAAAACAGCUUUUGUGCAAAAUAUACUUUCCAUUUUCUCAUAAAGUGGUUCUAUAUUUUUUGGUUAAAAACAAAGUCUCUUAUGUGUUGCUAAGCCUCAAUUAAUAUAAGUGGGAGAAGACUUGGCACUUUCUAUUUGAAAAUAUCUGAAACGUUAAACAGUAGGAGGGCAGAUCUUAACAAAAGAAAAAAACCCAGUAAUUUAUCAGAUAAGAGCUACAUUCCAUAUGGUAUGAUCUAGUCUUCCAUUUGUGCAUGUGUUACACAUCCCACCACUGGUGAUAGGUUAGAUUUCCUGCACAGACUCUGUAUUGCUUUCUGCCUAUACAUGACAUAUGAUUUUUCUAUUUAAGAUUGAUUACAGUCCUGAGACCAAAAAUAAAAUUACUAGAUAGGUAUGUGAUCUGCCAGCAGAGCUGCUUGAACAGUUGUCAAUGUGCACCACACAUCCCCAGCUCUCAAAGCCUGCUUCUUCCUUUUUCCGAGUCAGGUCCCCAUAGAACUGAGAUUACUUUGGUCAUUUAAUAUUAAUUUAGACCUCCCUGUUGGUCAUAUAGCAAAGUAACUAGCUGCUAAUCAGUUCCAAUUUCUUCACACACUUCUGUUAUCAGAAAGAACUAUGAAAACCUACAGAAAAUACUAAGUAGACUCUUAUGAAUUGAGAAUGCACAUGAAUUUUUAAUAAAAAUUUGGUAUAAAAAUCCCUGUGUAGAUAGUUGGGAUUUCUUCCAAAGGAAAUUUUAAGUUAUUCAAAGAAUGUUAUCUUUCUCUUUCCUAGUUGAACCUAGUCUGAUUUAUUCUUAUUUUAGUUCUGCAAUUGUUAUUAUAAGAAAAUGAAAAUAUAUCAAAGUUGGUUUUCUAAAUAAUAUUUGGUUAAGGUCAUCCUGCUUGCUUUAACAAUAUUACACAAAGAAUCAAAUUGGCACAUUGUGUGUAAAAUAGCAAUUAAUUAUUCUAUGUAAUUUUCUUUAAAGCCAACUCUAUUAAACAUUUGCCCAUCUUUUGCUCCAGUCCUUGUGUGCAGUUCACUGUGAUAUGAGGAAGUAUUAUUUGUGUAUGAUUGAAGCACAUUUGAGGGACAGAACUGCAUGUUCUCACAUCUUUAAUUUAAAUACAGGUCUUUAGUUUUACAGCAUUCUGGCAGUGCUCUGUGAAUGCCAUUAUUUGCAAUGCAAACUGAAACUUGGUGGACAGAAAAAAUUCUAUUACUGAAUUGUUUUUUACAAUUGUUCAUUUGACACUCAUUGAAAGAAAAAUAACACUAGCACUUCUAAAAUCUAAAAAAUCUAUGAUAUGCUAAAUCUUUCUAUUGAAGGCACUUUCUAAGUGAGGAGGAUGUUAAAUUAGUUACUUAGUAAGUAGAAAAUACACAAAAUUAUGUAACACAAGAUUUUUGCAGUCUGUAUCAGAAAUGAAAAAGUUUCAAGCAGAUGUACCAUGAAGCAGUUUCUCAUAAUGCAGAGUUCUCUGUAUUCUUUGCAAAAUCUGUUAUUGCAUUUUUCCUCUAACAUUGACAGACAUCCUGGAAUAUUUUGUGCUGUUUCUGUUGUGGAUAGGUAUGAGGGCUCCUAUCCAAAUUAUAAUUUUUAAUCAACCUGUGAUGUUUCCCAGCAUUGAGUGAGAGGGCAUGGUGAGUUUUCCCCAUCCCCUGCCCGUGUAGUGCAGAAUUGAGUAUCCCAUGCUGCAAAGAGAGUGCAACACUGGGUGUUCUGCAGCCUGGCACUUCUUGUAAAUGCUGUCUGGUUUUUGGCAGGGCUGCUGCUCAGACAUCUCUCUUCCCAGCACGUGGGAUUUUUCCGCUCCAGGAGCAGACUUUUCACUUCUAUUGAACCUUGUGAAGUGUUUCCUGGCCCAGUCCUCAAGUUGAGCAGUGUCCUUCUAGUUGAAGGUUUGCCAUCUGGCAUGCCAUCUCAUCCUCCUAAUUUGAUGUCAUCUGUGAGCUAGUUAUCUUGUAGUCUUAUGUCCUUGUCCAGGUCACUGGUGAGAUGUUUGACAUGGCCACAGAACUGAUCACUGCAGGGCUGUCCUCAUUGCUGGCUGCCAGCAGGGCAGAAACCAUUGAUCACUGAGUGCUCUUCCAGCCUGGGAUUCAAGCAGUUUUCAGCCCACUAACUCCAUUCAUCCAGGCAAUAUUUCCUUUUGGAAGGCCUGAAAAACCCUAUCCAACUCAGUAGACUUAAUUGCUAUAUGCUCAAUAAAUAUUGAAAAUUUGUGUAAAUCAUUUGACACAUAAAACUUUUAAUGCAAUUUAAGAAGUUCUGUCGCUUCAAAGACAUAUGCUUUUCUCCUGUGUUUUCUGAAAACACUUAUUUCUGUAUAAAAAUACACAAUACUUAUUUUAGUUUUAGUUUCACAAUAGUGAGCUGUACUUUCUAUUAAUAUUUUGAAAGUGCAUCUUAAUUUCUUCCUUGUUCUGGUACUUUGCAUAUGAUAAGGUAAUAGUAGCUAUUUUCAUCAAAUGCAAUGUCUUGCAAACAUUUAAAUAGCUUCAUUCUUAUUUUAGAUUAGUAUUAUCAAGAUGGCAGAGUUUUGGCAUAUUAGAAUUUUUUAUCUCACACGAAAAGAUGAUUUGAGGUUUUUUUUUGAGGUGAGAAAGAAAAUCUUUCACCAGUGGAGCCCAGCACAAUUGCAGUCUUAGACUGAGCUUCUCCUCAAAAAAAUCAGAAUUUUUAGAAAUGCCCUGGAGGGGAGGAGAAGUUCACUUGCCAUUGCAAAAUAACCAAGAGGGCUGAAUAUAUCCAUUCUCUGUAUUGCAAAGCUUGCUCUCACUAGUAAAGGGAAUGUUUGUGUGCUCUCCUUGUUUUACUGGAUUUUAGACAUUGUCUGGUGCAACAAUAAACAAUAGCUAUUUUACACAUGUUGGCAGCAGUUAUAAUCUGAGGAAUGAACAUUUUUAGAUGCCAUUAGUAAUAAUGGAGCUGCUUAAUUAAAGCAAAGAUUAAAUGCAUCUGAAAGUGUAUUUGUGUUCAUAUUCUAAAAUGUUAGGAGGGGUUAAGCUAGAGAGUUUUGCCCACCUGGGGGAAUAAGAUUAAUAUUGACAGAAGUGUAUCAGAAACACUGGAAUGGCCUCACUGGUAACCAUGAGAAAGCUCAGGAAAUUUGCUAUGUCAUAACCACUUACCUUGGCAGAUACUGGGGGUGAAAAACACUUCCUUGUUUUUUCUUUCUGUCUGUCAUUAAGUAACAGUCAUCAAAACUGUGUAAAACUUAAAUUUACACUUCAGUGCAUAUAUUGAUAUUUUCAAGGUAUGUUUAGUAUAAAAAGUACUAUAAUUUUCUACUUCAGCAUUCCUGGUUACUUUUAUGGUAAUUAGGAUACCAGUCAGUAUUUUCACGUAGAAAGUGUGGGGUUUGGUUUUUUUUUUCUUCUUCUUUUUUUUUUUUCAUGGAAGAAAUAAAGAUGUAAUAAUAAAGAUGUAAUUAUUCCUGGUGAGAGUAUCUCCAUAAUCUCCAUUACAACAGUGACAGGCACCCAGGGGAAUGCUGCAAAUCUGAGUAAGGUCAGAGAAAUUGCACAUUUACAGCAAUUUAUCUAAUUUUUGUAUUAUAUAUUGUAAGGAAUCUACUUACAAAAGCAACUACAUUAUUUACGCUUAAACUAGGGUAUGUAAAACCUUUAUUCAUUUGCUUUAGUAGAAAUGAUAUAUUUAUUUCAUUAAAAUUUAAUGUAUCUGAAAUGUAUCUUUAUAAAAGGAUUUUUAUACAGUUCUUGCAAGUUUAAAAAGUAAUAUUGAUGUACUUGUGUUUAUAUACCAGCCUCCUACUUUGUCAAAUUUUGUGGUAUUACAAACUCACCAUCUCUAAUUUUUUUUAAAUUUUUUUAACUUUCCUUGCAAUCUUUGUCAAACCUCAGAAAAGAAAGGCAAGGGAUAGACAACAAUGCAGAGUGGCGAAACUUGUCACAGAAGCUCUGUCAGUGUGAGAAGUAAAAAAAGAGAAAGUUCUCUGACUUGUAGGAAUUAAACUGUCAGCAGAGCUGCUGAAUUAGUUUUAGGCUGGUUAUCUUAAUACCAUUUUUCUUUCCACUGAUCCAUGGCAGCAUGAAAAAAGGGAAGAUUGGAGACAUUUGCUCAGAAGUAAUGCUGAAGGUAAAGGGAAGUUUUUACUCCUCUCAUAAAUAAAAAAUUACUGUAACCAGCAUUUGGCUGAAGAUGUCUUGGUAACUUGGACAAGAAAGAGAGUUACAUAGUCUGAAUAUAUAAUCAGCAGUGUGCAAUAUGUUCUCUCUGACCUGUGAAUAAUUCAUUGAAGUAUGGUAAAGCUACUUAUUGGUACUCCUGGAGCAAUGACUCAGAUGUCUCCUGUGAAACACUAAAAUGUAUUUUCAUAUUGACUGCUACUUUUAGUGGUCUGCAUUGGUGAAAGAGGAUAUCUUAUGCUAGUCUGUAAUGUUGCUGGCCCAGAACAUUAGGCAUGCAAAAUGGGAAGAGGUGAGGAAAUUCCUUCAGAAACUCAGAAAUGGGUAAAUUCUCUGAGAAUCAAAAUGAUGUGCUCUACAAGAGCAGAACACAAUGGCAAAUAUUCAACCAGAACUGUUCUUCACUGAGCUACUUGCUUCUGGUGCCAGUCAGUGUAGCUACACAUGCAACCUCCUGUUUUGAAAUUGCAUCUCUUUUUGGGAUUGUGCAUUUGUCCCAAGGGUUGCUUUGUCAUGUCCACCAAGAAUAAUCAGUGGCUGAGUCAGGACUGCAAAUUCAGAUUUCUUGUCUAGUAGUCAUGUGCUGAACACUCUCUCUUUCUUUGUUAAAGUCAUCUGAACAAGGAAUGUUAUAGUAACAUUGUCAUAGUGAAUACAAGGUUAAUCCUCAGUAUUUUCCAGGGAAAGGAAAAUUCAGGAUAGCUUCUUUAACUAUGUGGAAGAAAUACAGAUUAUAUCUUCUGUUAUCCUUAUGUUUGCUUAAUAUUUUAUAAAAUAUUUUGAGAUUGGAUCACAAUAAAUAUAUUAAAAUUACUUUAUUCCCUAUUUUGAAGUUGACAUUGAAAAUUGUCAUUUCUAUUUGAGGUUAGGAAAUAAGUCUAUUUAAUUUUUGAAAUAAGUGCUACUUGCAUUCUUUAGUAGUUGAGAUACAGUAUAACAAAUUCAGAUCACAGUAAAUUUUCUUUUCUGCUGAGUCUCACAGAAGACCUGACUGAGCAGAAAAAAUAAACGCUGAUGAGUGUAUUUUGGUAUGCAGGCAAAAAUGCAAACUUCAACUCCAGUAAGCUUUAUCUCUAAUUAGCAAAGACACUGUUCUUGUUCCUUUUUAAUAAUUUCUAGACUACUUACUUUCAAACAUUUUUUCCACACUAAGAAUUAAUCCGAUGGAGUUUGAUUUUUACCAAGUAAACUGUGUUUGAAAUUCUGCAGACAUGAGGGUUAGUGUUCAUGUCAUGCUAAAUGUCCACUUCUUACGGUGCACCACUAAAAUUUCACCCUCAGGCCAAAAAUAUUUAUCAGUGGGCAUUUCUAGUGGGAUUCUUUGUGUAUGGAUUUGUGUCUAUGUUAUUUAAUGUAAAAUAAGUAAAAAGUCAAGCUGCCAGCAUUUGAUGUCAGAAAUAUUUUUCUUCCCCAGAACUGCAUAGCAAACUACCUGUUCUUAUCUGUUACUGCUAGAUUGUCUGAAGGGAUACUUUUAUUUAGCACAUGAAAUGCCAUCAUAAAAAUGAAACUCCUGUGGUAUCAAGAAAGAUUAUUAUAAUAGUUCUGUACUACUGUGAUAGUUCUGUAUAUUUUAUUUGUUGCAUCCAGUAGCAAUACUCUUCUCUGGGUCUCUGUCUACUUUUCUUCAUAUAAUUAACUGGUGAUGUAUAAUUUCUCAGUAUUUCAACAGCAAAGAAUUCUGUAUUUUCUCUCACUUUUGCACAAAGCUAAUAUAAAUUUGGAAUAAUGUCGCACUUUUCUUGGUGUGAUUAGAUCCCAUGUGCACAUGUAUGAAAUGUUGUAAUGUUAGUAUUUUUACCUUGUUCAUAUUCUGAGAAUGCCAUUAGAAGGGUAAGGUUUAGAUUAGUUGUUAUUUUUAUACAGCCUUACUGAGCUUCUUUGCUUGUAACAACCUUUCAGGUGGUAGAUUGCCCUGUGCCAUUCUUUAAUGGGCCACAAUGUCAGAACCUAAAGAGCUGAAAGAGCAUUCUUUGCUGAUUGCCCAUAUCUAUGUGCUCAUUCUGAAAAAAAAAAAAAAAAAAAAAAAACCAAACAAGCAAAACAAACCAUAUCUGUUGUUCCCUUGUACACCUCUUUGGGUAGCUUACCUGUAAAAGGAGAUCCUCAGAGUCUUUCUACUGUGAUUAUGCUAUUGUGUCAGGUACAAAGACAAGCAGAAACUUGCUUUGUGGUUUUUAAGAUGAAUUUAAAGGCAAAAAUUGCUUUUAAGAAGUAUAACAUACAGAGCCAGUGCUCCUUUGGAGUAGUGGGUCGAUAGUGUCUGUUUUAAAGGGAAAUAACAGACUGUAGUGAGAAAGGGUCUGAGUUCUCAGGUGCACCAGAUACAUUUUUUUUCUGUUAUUUGAAAGCAAUAGAAGAAAUUUACUUAAGGGAAAGAAAGGCAGUGAUAAGCAUUUAUGUACCUAUCUACCCAAGUGUUGCAGAAUGCAUUGUUUUUUGAGUACUUCAGUAUUAAACUUCACAUGCAACACUCCCAAUUUUAUAUUCAAAAGUUUGCUGUGGACUUCCAUAAUGACAUGACAAAGAAUGGGAUACCGGGAAAAAAAUCAGUACCAUAAUUUCUAAAUAACUCUUAAGUAACAGAAAAUUAAUUUUCAGAUAUUUGUAGUGAAAAUUAUAUAAGCUACUUAUAGUAUAGCAAUUUUUAAAAACAUAAGUUUGGUCCUUUGUAGUACAUUCAGUAAUUUAACAUUUAAAAAAAAUAUUGUUAAUUGUUCUUGAUUGAUUUCCUGCAAAUGUAUUCAUCUGCUCUAGACUAUUCACAAGUUUGAGAUGUCUUCAUGGUGAUUCUUUACAUCUUAUUAAUUCUGAUUCCAACUAUGAGCUGAUUAUACGUGUAAGAGCAAUUUUAUUGCUUAUGAUUAGUAAACACCAGGAGCUGAGGAGCAAUACAGAAAGGGUGUCAUUUGUGUAUUCCAUAUCUACAGGUUUUUAUUUCACUGCAGGAGUUAAUCAGCAAUGCACAUCAGAUUUUUUUCCUGCUCCAUCUGCUUGGACUCUGACUUUGCACAGGCAUCAAUGUGUACUUAGCAUGAACAUUGCAAACAGUUCUCAUUUAAAUGAGUUUAAAAGAUGUAGAUGCUUAAGUUCAAAUAAAAACACUUUACAGUGACAUUCCUAAGAAAACAAUGUACUGGCUUACCUGGUUAGCCCAGGUUUUGUAGCACUUGAUUUCUAAUUCCUACAUGCUUAACCAAAUGAGCACCCAGCCAGGGCCUGAGCUGCUGUCGGUACUCCGUUCCCCUUGAAUCCCGUGAGCUUCCAGGUGAGUGGAUGAUCCAGCUGCCCAAAUCUAUUUCAGCUGUAGGCCUAAUGUGCCUAGGUAUUCAGCUAGUUGCCCUUAAGCUUAAUUUUGAAUAUAUGCGCCGUGUUGUGGAAGAUAAAAUGUGUGAAAUACAGUUGGUUUGACUGCUUGCUACUCUGAGCAAUAUAUUUAACUUUUCUUUGACUCUCUUGCAUUUUGGUACCUUAUUCCGGAGAUUGUAAUUUUAAAAACAAGUUAACUUCAUGUCUCUGCAAAGCUCAAUUAGAUAUGACAUUUGGAAUAAAGAACAGUACAUUAAAACAAUAACAAUUCGUCAUAUUAGGUCUCAUUCUGGCAAGCUUAAUUGUAAGAAUAUUUGCAAUCCCUGUUCCUGUUUCCCUAUACUUUCCCCAGGAUGGUGCCAGCCCAGAGCUGAGAGUUGCUAGUACUGUGUGCCAGUCAAAAAAAGGAGUCUAAUCUUUCUGAUUUGUGGAGCAGGGGGUGGCAGACAAAGAACACGCUCUUAAUCUUAGCUCGGAAAAGGAUGAAUGUGAGAAAGUGCCUCUCUCCGUCUAGGCUUUAGCACAUACAUAGAAUUGCUUUCUUUUGGUAUUUUGUGUUCUCUAGCUACUUCUGAGAUUAAACCUAGCCAGAAAAGAGCAGUAAUAAAACAGUUUUAAGUUUCCAUGUAAUGCAGCUGCAACACUUACUCUGUGUCUUUGCACUCGUAAGCUGGUUUUGAACGUACUGUUGUAGUAAUGCAGAGAGCAGAUGAGGCCUCACACUGACUACCUCUCAUGCAAUAAAACCCAGGCUCAUUCAGUAGUUAAUAUUGAUUACAGCUGAGCAUCCUUCAGCCACACCAUUCAGGGAGGUGGUAGUGGGGGGAAGAGUAAACAAGAAAUAAUAACAAAGACUUUAUUCCAGUGAUGUAUGUGGUAUACAUGAUACCCAUAAUACCAACUCCAACUGAAGGAGGUCCUACACCUUCUGGUAGGAAAUAAAAAGUGAAUUUGGCUAUGCUAUAGUUUUUGUUGUGCUCUAAAAUGUAACAAAAGAUGUCAUCUGUUUCCUUCAGGCUAAGUCAGAUUUUCCAGGAUAUUGUGUCCAAAACAUACACGCAAUUCUAAUUUUUGAGGAAACAUGAUGCUCUUUUACCUGUUGCAAUGUAAUUGGAUAAUGCAUGUACAAAUGACUUGUGUAGCCUGCCAAUGAAUGUUGCUAAUGCCUUACCAAAAAAAAAAAAAAAAAAGAUAAAGCAUAUUUUUUGUAUUUUUUUUUUCCUCAGAGGCAAAUCCAAACAAUGCUAGAUUUGGGAAACUGUUUACUGAAAAGCAUUUUCUAAUAGAUCUCUGAAGAAGUGCAAUUGUAUAAUUACUAUUGUUCAGUGCAUACAGUACAUUGUCUCCAUCACUCUGUACACUGCUGCUAUUAGUGCUUGUUCUAAUAAAUCUCAAUGUACACUGUUUAAA